AUGAGAGGAAGCAAUAGCUCUCCGUCGUCCUUGUCACGAAGACAACCAUGGAAAUCGAUAAAGAUUGAUGAUCUCCCGGAUGCUGUAUUGAUUGAAGUACUUUGUCGACUAUCUUGCAGUAAACUAAUUUUUCGAUGCAAGUGCGUGUGCAAGCGUUGGUUCACCCUCAUCUCCGAUCCUUAUUUUGUUGACCACUAUCUACGUCACCAAAGUGAUAAUAAAAGACGCAUAAUACGCACCCUGAUAUAUGCAAGGGAAUACGUGGUAGGACUGAGAUGCCAUCCUUGGACAAACCCAACUGUUGUAGCGACAUAUAAUGACUUAAUGUUGUGUUAUGGAAACCUGAACCGUUACUGCAUAUGCAAUCCAGGCACGAUGCAAUGGGUUGCUCUUCCUUGCAUUCCCACUUACACCGUACACCGCCACUCUGAGGUACGAGUGGGAUUCAUCUGCGAUACCCCCUGCUAUAACUACAAGGAAGACGAACACGAAGAUCAGAAAGGAGAUGUCAUGCAGCAUAAUGCUGCGUAUAGGUGCAAGGUUGUGAGAAUUCGUCCUCCGGAGAAGGGUUAUUAUAAUUUUUCCUUCGAAUUGAAAGUGGACAUUUUCUCUUCCGAGACUGGUGAAUGGAGGAAGGCAGUUGUAUCGUCCCCACGAGCCAUUACUUUGAAUGGUCUUGGCUUUCCUCACCAAGGAAUAUUGUACUGGUUGGGUCGGGAGGAAAAUGGUUGCUCUAUUAUUUUUGGGUUGGAUCCGUUUAGUGAUAAACCUAAGUGUUUUUUCAUUGCACUUGAUGAGCCUUUAAACGACCUUCGGCACUUUGGUGUUUGCGGAGGUUGCAUACGGAUGUGUGGCUUGGACAUGGCUACCAGGAGUCUGAUUGUUUUUUAUUUGAAAGCAGAAGAAGAUGGCAAAUUCUGUUUGAGUAAACGCAUGGUUUAUUCGUUGGACCAAAAUAUGUACCUGGAUAAUGAAUCGAAUGUUAGCCUGCGACCCUUCGAUCCAAACAAUGAGGACGUUUGCUAUCUAUACGUGAAUGGAGAAUGUGUCAAGUACAAGUACAAUUUUCGUACCAGAAAGUGGUCAACGAUCGUUGAAGAGAUUCCACACAAAAUUUCCUACAGCUUUGUGCAUGUGCAGCCAUGGUGGCCAACACCAGUUCCUAGACUCCCACAACAUGCAUGCCCAGCAGCAAUGCCAUGGCGGAGGAAAAGAGGCGAGCAAAUUUAA